UCGAAGGGGGACAGGAGAACGUGCGGCAGCAGGCAGAACAGCCAGCGUCUGGGUUUGCCAGCAGGAGAAAUCAACAGGGAAGGAGACGGCAGGUUGGAAAUCUCUCCCUUGAACCGCUUCCUUUUCUCCUCACCUGGCCUCAAAUCACAUUGGAGAGGGGGAUUCAAAUUGCAUCCAGGCCAACCCUUUUGCACUAGAAGGCGAUCCACAGAAUAACAGGACACUGCCAGUCAGCCACUGGCGGGGGUGGCGGAAAGUGUCGUCAAGUUGCAGUCAUCUUGUGAGAACUCAGAGGUGGUUUGCCUUCGUGCAGCAGCCCUGAACUUCCGUGGUGGUCUCCUAGCCAAGUAUUAAGCUCAGCUGGCCCCGCUUAGCUUCCGGCAUCCGAUGAGAUCCGGCUAGCCUCCGCCAUCCAGGUCAAGGCGACAGAGGUGGUUUGUCAGCGCCUCCCUUUGCAUAGCUACCCUGGACUUGUGCGGCGGGGCGGUCCCCCGUCCAAAUACCAAUCAGGGCCGACUCUUCUUAUCUUCCAACGUCUGAGGAGACUGGGCCGGCCUGGGAGAUUCAGGGCCCGCAACCAGGGAAGCAAUAUGAAACCCGAAGUCGGAGCCCCGGUCUGGCACGUGGCCGCAGGGCUGGCUGUUUGCUCCGGAGCGGUGGCCUCGGGGGCUUUCGACAGCGUUCAUACGGAAGUUGGGUACAAGUAUUACGCCGAACCCACCGUGCUAGGCUUACCCGCUGUAGUCGCCAUGCCUGCCAACUGUUUAGUCAACGUGGCCUAUAUGCUUCUGGGCUGGCACUGGCUCUCUUCUUCGGGCGGCCCGAGAGGGCCGGCACGCUACCUCCGGGAAGUCUUUGCCCUCAUGGCCCUGGCCUACGGGCCGGUGCAGUGGGUCCGGCUUUGGACACAGUCUCAUCGGGCAGCUGUCUUAGACCAGUGGGCGACCUUGUUAAUUUUUGCGUGGGCGGCUGUCUGGUGCCACUUCCUGGAGCACGGCUGGCAGCCCAACACCUUCUUUGCUAUGGAAACCGUUUCGCUGGCAAGUUACGGCCUGGCUGUUCUUCACCCCCAAGGGUUCGAGCUGGCAUUGGGCGCACAUAUAGUCAUCGUGGUUUGGAAAGUACUCCAGGUGCAACAUCAUUUGGGCGACGCCACAUCCAUGGGCAUCGUGGUGCUGGGAAUGAUCUCUUGCCUAGGUUUUGUGUGUCUCAAGCUAUGGGACCACGAGCUGGCCCACUGGACCCCUUUCUCCCGGCUCACUGGCCACUUUUGGUCCAAGAUCUGUGACGUGCUACAAUUCCACUGUGCUUUCCUCUUCUGCUCCAGACUGAGCAAACAAUGUGCUCAGUGAAGUAAUUUCAUGGCCUUUCACCAGUCAGAGGACAGGAGCAACUAAUGGCAACUAACAGGGGACGUGACUGUUGUCGAAGGCUUUCAUGGCCGGAAUCACUAGGGCAGU